GUCCUCGUCGUCGGCGCGACCGGCGCGACCGGCCGCCGCGUCGUCGCGCAGCUCCGCGCGAAGGGCUUCGCCGUUCGCGCGGGGUCGCGAGACGUGAAGAAAGCGUCGUCGCUCGGCCUCGCCGCGUCCGGCGCGGAGCUCGUGCAGCUGGACGUCCUCGACCCGUCCUCGAUCGCCGCCGCGAUGAGCGGCGUCAGCGCGGUCGUGUGCGCGACGGGGUUCACGCCGUCGUUCAAUAUCAAGAGGGACAACCCGGCGAAGGUGGACCACGAGGGCACGGAUAACCUCGUCGCCGCGGCGACGGCGCCGGGAAGCGACGUCAAGAAGUUCGUGCUCGUGACGUCGCUGUUGACGAACGCGAAAGCGGCGGGGCAGAAGGACAACGACAACUACAAGUUUCUGAACGCGCUCGGGGGGGUCCUGGACGAGAAGCUCGCCGCGGAGCUGAACCUUCGCGCGUCCGGGUUGGAUUACACCGUCGUCAGGCCGGGAGGGUUGUCCAACGAGCCGGAGUCGGCGGUGGGGAACGUCAUCGUCCGCGGCGAGGACACGACGUUCGGUUUGGAGAGCGACCCGGGAAGGGAGAUCAGCCGCGACACCGUCGCGGCCGUGUGCGUCCAGGCGCUGCUCAGCGAUAAGGCGUCGAAGCGGGUCGUGGAGAUCGUCGCGUCGCCGGACGCGCCGGCGUCCGCGCCGGAGACGUGGUUCGCAUAA